CUUAGCGUGUUAGGGAGGCCGUGUCCUGAGUAUUCAACUCGCAUGCGUACAUCUUUAUCGUUUUGUUGAUUUUUAAGUUCUUAUUAAAACAAACACAAUUUAGCGUUUUUCAUAUCUCCAGGAAUGCAUGAUGACAGACUUUUGUGUACAGCUGUAGAUAUUCGCGCUUGAAUAUUUUUUAUAAUUAUCUUAUCGCAUAGGAAUUAAACUUCAGGGCUUGGCAUUGAUAAUGGACUUCAUAAUGGUGGUCAACAAAGUCCAAAUAAGGAUAUGGCUUCUAGCCUGCUUCCUGUUUCUUUAUGUUUAUGGACAAAUCACAGGACCAUAUUUCAUAGUGACAUUCCCUGCAGUCAUAGAGUCUGGCUCUGAGGCUAAGCUGUGUGUUGAUCUUAUGAAGCCUAAUGAGACUCUGCAAAUGGACAUUUCUCUGAUUCACAAGGACCAGAAGAAAAGUAUUUUACAGGAGACAGUGGUAAAGGAGAGUCACCACUGCACCCAGUUUAAGGCUCCACAUGUUGAGGGAGAAUCAGUACAGGAGAUCAAAGUAGAGGUCAAAGGUGAAAGCUUUAAGAUAACAGAGAAAGCAAAAGUGAUGUUUAAAUUCUACAACCCAUUAAUAUUUAUUCAGACUGAUAAACCCAUCUACAAUCCAGGCCAAACAGUAAAUUUCAGGAUUGUCACCAUGGAUUCCAAUUUUAUUCCCCUUGAACAAAAGAUUUAUGCCCUGUUAUACUCCCCUUUACAGUACAGCACAGUAAGACUUGAGGAUAAUAAUCAUAACAGGAUUGGUCAGUGGACGAAUGUGACCUCAGCAGGUCUGAUGCUGCAGCUUUCUCAUGAACUAAAUGUUGAGGCUCCACAGGGACAAUAUCAGAUCAUUGCUGAUGUUGGAACUGGAUUAUUCACACACUAUUUUAUGGUGCAAAAGUAUGUUUUACCCAAGUUUGAGAUUACAGUAAAAGCGCCAGAACAACACAGUGUUGGUGAGGAGGAGCUGAAACUGGAGAUUUGUGGAACGUACACUUAUGGACAGCCCGUACCUGGUGCAGCACUGGUGCAAGUGUGUCGUGAAUUUUGGCAGAAUUAUAUUCACCAUCAGAACGCUCCAAGGAUUUCACCAUGUCUGGUUGAAAAAAUGGAGAUGGGUCAGACUGGUUGUGCCUUACAUAUACUGAAUGUCUCACCUUUCAUGAAUUCUGAAUUUAACAAAGAUUUUGAGGACCGUCUUAAUGCUACUGUUACACUGACAGAGGAAGGAACAGAAUUGUCCAUGGUAAAAUCUGUAAUCAUAUCACUCACAUAUGAAAUUGGUAAAGUGGAACUUGUGGAUUUGCCAAAAACGUUUGAAUGGGAGAGAGCUAUAGAAGGAAAAAUUAAAGUUACUACCUUCAGUGGAACACCAAUUCCCAACAAGAAGGUGUAUCUUUCAGAAGGUGAACGGUGGUCUGAAACGCUACUCACUCUUACUACAGAUAGUAAUGGCUUGGCAGACUUUUCAGUCCCUUCACCUGAACAUCCUAAAACAGAGAUAACACUGAGGGCAAGUGUCUAUCCAGAGGAAAGAUUCCACCAAUACAAAACACCAUUCUUUUCAACUGCUUACACGCGUAUACAGCUGCUCCAACCUACUACACCCCACAGUCCAGUGUUCAGUAAACUGUCAAUAGAGAGCUCAGAGGAACCAUUUAAAUGUGGUGGUGAAAUUCCCGUAACCAUUAACUACUAUAUCAUUGGGGAAACUACUGGAAGUUACAGCAUUGAUCUUAUAUACACUGUCUUAUCUAAAGGAGCCAUAGUUCAUCAUGGUUUUGAGAAAGUUGAAGUGAAAGACUCUACAGAAUUGAAAAGCGGGAAAAUCUCAUUCAAAUUGUCAGUUGUUGCUGAGCUGGCUCCUGUAGUGCAGGUUCUGGCAUAUUCUGCCCUGCCCAGUGAAAAUCUUGUUGUUGCAAGGAAGAAUUUUGAUGUGGAAAAAUGUUUUAAAAAUCAGGUUUCGGUACAGUUCUCUCCCUCCGAGGCAGUUCCUGGAGAGAAGAACACUCUUGAGCUCUCAGCUCAUCCUGGUUCAUUGUGUGGCCUCAGUGCUGUGGAUCAGAGUGUGUUCAUCUUGGAUUCUGAGAACCGUCUAAACACAAAUAAGAUGUUUAAAUUGUUGCCAGUGACAUCUAUGUCAGAUUAUCCCUUUGUGGUUGAAGACUGGCAUCUUAUAUCUGAAGAUGAUGUAUAUGAUAGAUCACAUUAUGAAGUGGAUAUGGAUUAUUGGAUUGAUGAUAGGCCUCCACAGGAUGCAGAGGAUAACUGUGUUUACAGUACAAUAAAGGGAGUGGGGAUGAAGAUGAUAACAAAUUUGGCUGGGAGAAAAACUCACUGUUCAAGACACCAAAGUGUGAAUUAUCUGAGUAGUUACGAAUAUUAUGACAUGGAAAUGAUGGAGUCUGAUGUUGGUUCAAUAUUUGAAGAAGAAUCAGUAGAUUAUGAACCGAGUGAGACAGUUCGCAGAUUCUUCCCAGAAACUUGGAUUUGGCAGCUGUCUGAAGUGGGGGACUCUGGAUCAGUACAGCUUCCUGUCACUGUUCCUGACACCAUCACCACUUGGGAGACAGAGGCUUUCUGUGUAUCCUCUAGGGGUCUGGGUCUAGCUCCUCCUGUUCAGCUCACUGUGUUUCAGCCCUUCUUCCUGGAGCUCUCGUUGCCCUACUCCAUUAUCCGGGGAGAGGUUUUUGAGCUGAAGGCCACUGUCUUCAAUUAUCUUUCCAAAUGCAUUAUGGUUAAAGUGACUCCAGCCCCCUCCUCAGAUUACACUCUGGAACCAUCUUCUGAGGGCAAGUAUUCAUCCUGCCUGUGUGCAAAUGGAAGAAAGACCUUCAAAUGGACUCUGAUUCCCUCUGUGCUUGGAGUCUUGAAUGUGACCGUGAGUGCAGAGGCAGAACAAUCCCAGAGUGUGUGUGAUAAUGAGAUUGUGAGUGUUCCAGAGAGAGGUCGUAUUGACACUGUUACACGAAGCCUCAUUGUACAGGCUGAAGGAACUGAAAAGAUGAAGAGCCUGAGCUGGUUUUUUUGUCCCGAUGGCACAAGUGUUUCGGAAGAGCUGGAGCUGAUUCUUCCUGAGGAUGUAAUAGAGGGAUCAGUGCGAGCUUCUGUUUCAGUUCUUGGAGAAAUACUUGGCCGUGCAUUAAAAAAUCUGGAUGGACUGCUAAAGAUGCCAUAUGGCUGUGGAGAACAAAACAUCGCUAUCCUUGCCCCCAAUAUCUACAUUCUUCAAUACCUAGAGAACACUGAGCAGCUCAACUCAGAUAUCCGUGAGGAGGCUACUCGUUUUCUAAAGAGCGGAUACCAGAGGCAACUGAACUAUAAGCAUUCCAGUGGUGGAUAUAGCACAUUUGGCAGGGGAGAGGAGAACACAUGGUUAACUGCGUUUGUCUUAAGGACUUUUGGCAAAGCACAACAUUACAUCUUUAUUGAUCCAGAAAACAUUAAAAGUAUAAAGCAAUGGCUCCUAGGUAUGCAGAGAUCAGACGGCUGUUUUAUACAACAGGGAAAUCUGUUCAAUAACAGAAUGAAGGGUGGUGUGAAAGAUGAAGUGACCAUUACUGCUUAUAUCACUGCAUCAUUCCUUGAAUUGGGCAUUGCAGUGCAGGAUCCUGUUGUGAAUAAAGGGCUGUUGUGCCUAAAAUCUUCUAUUUCUAACCUGAAGAACACCUACACCACUGCGCUGUUGGCCUAUACUUUCAGUUUGGCUGUAGACAAAGAAAAUCGAGAGCGGCUACUAAAAGAGCUGGAUAAUGUCUCCAUUCAAGAAGAUGGUCAUCUCCACUGGUCUCAAUCAGCAUUAGAUGACUCUGACAGUGAUGACAAUGAUGGCUCCUUGUCAGUGGAAAUCAGCUCCUAUGUGCUGCUAGCCAUUCUCACUUCAGAUCAACUCACUGCUGCUGAUUUGGGCUACGCUAAUAGGAUAGUCAAGUGGCUGGUGAAGCAGCAAAAUCCCUAUGGAGGCUUUUCAUCCACCCAGGACACAGUGGUGGCUCUCCAUGCUCUGGCUCUGUAUUCCACUAAAGUGUUUAGCUCAGAAGGCUCUAGCACAGUAACUGUAAAGUCAGCAGAUGGAGACAAUCACAACUUUGAUGUGAACCAGAACAACAAGUUACUGUACCAAGAAAGAUCAUUGCAGGAUGUUCCUGGCAAAUACAGCAUUGAUGUGAAGGGCUCCAUCUGUGUCUCAGUGCAGGCAGCACUUUUCUACAAUGUUCCAACACCUUCUGAAAUCAGUACACUGAGCAUCAUGACUACAUCUGAGGGAAACUGCAAAAAAUCCUUUGGAGAAGCUCUCUUCCUCAAGUUCACCAUCACAUAUUCUGGGACACUUACCAGCACUAACAUGAUCAUAGUGGACAUAAAACUCUUAUCAGGGUUCACAGCAGAUCCUGGUGAACUGAAUAAAGCCAUUUUGGUGGACCGAGUAGAUUCGAAAGAUGACCAUAUUAUCAUGUAUAUCAAAGAGCUCCGUAAGAAUAUUCCUAUCAACUAUAAGCUACAUAUUAAGCAGGUGCUUCCUGUCAAGAAUUUGAAGCCAGCUGUGAUGAAAGUUUAUGACUACUACCAAACAAGUGUCCAGGCUGAGACGGAGUACACCUCUGCCUUGUGUUCCAAGGGUUUCAAAUUUAAAAACCCAGCUGUAUAUAGUUUUUUUUUAUUAUUUUUAUUUUUUUGUAAUUAAAAUGUUAUAUUGUUAAAAAAUUGUAUAUAUUUUAUGUUAACUUUGUGUUGAAAAAGUGUACAGUGUUAAGGCACAGGUAUAACUGUAACAUUCUUUAAUAUGUGCUGGGUUUGAAGACUUUAGUACUGCUAUAGUUUUUAUGAGACUGGUUCCAGUAAAUCUAAGGCCUUCACUGAAUUCGUGAAUCAUGAACAUCAGUGUUUUGCCUAAUGACUGGCACCUCAAGAAUAUUUAAUAUAAUAACUCAGAUCUGAAUCGGAAUUCUGAGUCUUAUUUAGAGUAAAAUUUCACAUAAUGUACAAGAAUUAUUGUGUUCUUUGUAUGUUUUUUUUGUGCUUCUUGGUAGAUUAAAAAUAAAGAUUUUUUUUAUUAA